AUGUCAGAAAGAGUCUACAGCGAUAAUGACAUCGUUGGCAAAGCCUUUUCUCCCUCUUCACCUCUUCUUCAUGUAAUGAUGUUAAUAUAUCUUGGUAAAAACAAGAUUAAGAAGUUGCGUGGUGAUUUAUUUACUCCAUUAGAGAAGCUAAAGUUUCUGGACUUGGGUAACAACCAGAUAGAGGAGCUACCGCCAGGAGUCUUCAAUAAAAACACCGAGUUGACUAAGCUACAACUCAACAACAACAACCUGGAAAAGAUACAGAAGGGUUUGUUUGACGGUUUAACAGCAUUGACGCGCCUAUGGCUGCAAGACAACAGAAUUGAAACGCCGCACAAACAAGUUUUCAAAGAUUUGACUGAACUGAACGACCUGGAUCUGUCUAAUAAUGAAGUCGAGGAUCUCCCUCAAGAAAUCUUCAGCAAUCUGGCAAAUCUCAAAAUACUGCUUUUAUCAAACAACCAACUAAGAGAUUUACCGCCAACGGUAUUUGCUAACCUAACCAAGCUAAAGACAAUAAAAAUUGAAAAGAAUGAGAUAAAGGAGCUGCAUCCUCAACAGUUUCGGGGACUGGUAAAGCUGUUUGACCUCUAUCUAUCGGGGAACAAACUCAGAUACUUCCCACAAGGAAUUUUUAAAGGCUUAAAAGAGCUUUUGAUUAUAGAAAUUGUUGAAAACGAAAUGACUCAUGUCUCCAUCGACAACUUCAAAGAAAUUAAACAGUUAAAAAUUCUGUAUAUGCAGUAUAACAAGAUGAGGGAGAUUCCAUAUGGUUUUUUCGAUAUGUUGAAGGAUAUACAACGAGU